AUGGCCAAGCCCUACGGGAAACCUUCUUCCAGUCAUUCGGAACCGGGGCCUCCUCUGGUCCAGAUGCAGCCCGAUUACGUUGGCCAAGCAAUUCCUCCAGGAAUUUGCUCUCUCCCGACCCAUCCCGACUCCCAGGACUCCACCCUGGAUGCCCCGUACACCGAGAAGGAGGAAAAGGAGAGCAUUAGAAAGGCGUUGGGCGGAAAAAAAUCAUCAAAAGAUCCAUUUUGUUCCCAUAUGGUCCGCCCAUUGAGGAAUGCAAUCAAACAUAAAGCCUCCUGGGAGAAGGAAGAUUUCCAGGCCUGGGCCAAGCAGAGGAGAACCGACCUGACGACAGAGGAUCCCGAGAAGCAGAAGGAGAGGGAAGAGGAAGAACAGAAAAUCCAGAAGAACUGGGUGGAGAGGGUGAGACGCGUGGAAAUAAAGAAAAGGAAGACAGAGAAGGCGAGAGAAAGGGAGAAAGACGGUCUCUUCCAGAUGGAGAGGAAGAAACGACUGGAAGUGAAACGAUACUGGUUUAGGAAGAUGGCGACCAGAAACGGGGAUGAAAGGCGGAGAAGAGAGGCUGAGGAAGAGGCCCUGUUUUUCUCCAGAUUCCACCACUGACUCCCUCCUUCGCCUUCCCCCCCAUCGACACCUGUCCGAUCCUAUCCCGGCAGCCCUUUCCCGCCCUCUCCCGCUCUCCUCCAUCAAACCGGAACCUUAACCUUCACCCUAAUCCCAACUUUAAAUUUCAUCCUACCCCGAUCCCUACCCCUCAACCUUACCCUUAGGCACUCCAGCCUUGUCCUGACACUCUUCUCCCCAGAUAAAGGUUUCA